AAUGACUUUUCCUCAUUAGUGCUCUCCACUGAGAAUCUCCUGGUGCUCUAUGCUCAAUUAUUUAUCUAUUGAAGAGUGGUAGAACUGUGAGAUACUGUCCAAGACGAUGACAAGUGACCGUCUGGUGGUCGAGUGCGUGCAAUUGUGGGCGGUGACUUACAACGCGCGGGCGGAGACGAAAAGUGUUCAUAACAAGUGGUCUCGAAGGUAUUGAAGUACGUUAAGUCCCUAAAAACCAUGGAAAUUGCUAAGGGGAGCCCGAUAGAAGUUAUUCGCACAACAUUGAGAGAGGAAAGUAGAAGAGAAAGAAAAAGUAAUCGAAGCGACGUAUUAAAUAGAAAUCGCAGUGCUCUGGGACAGGUGUCUGAAAGCAUCUCAUAUUAUGACCUGAAAGAAGUGGUGGAAAUAGCAUCCAAAUUAAAGCAGAAAAACCAAGUUUCACUCAUGGAAUUGAAAAAAUUGAAACAAUCAUUCAUUGUGUCUCAAGAAAACAUAGUUGCUUUCUUGAAUGUUCCAGGAGCUCUUCAUGGACUUGUGAGAGAACUUUCAGGUCAUAAUUCAGAGUUUCAAUUUGCUGCAUUGAAUUGUUGCUGUAACUUAUCUUUAGCUAAUGAGAAAUUAUGUCAUCAACUUACAAAAUCAUCUGCUUCAUAUAUUGCAUCAACAUUGAAUGAGCUCAAUACCACAUAUUUGGAUGUAUGUCUGUGGACAUUGGGUAAUAUGGCAGGAAGUGGUAUGAAAUCAUGGACUAUUCUUAAAUCCCAUGGAGUUUUGAACAAGUACCUUCAUUUUAUUGCAUCGCCCAACUCUGAUGUGAAACAAUCAGCUAUUUACGCCACCACUUUGUAUGUGAAAAUGGGAUUUGAUAAUCUUUCAUCAAAUGAGUUCAGAAUGAUUGCUGACCAUGUAUAUUCUGAGCUUGGAAGAGAUUCGUCUGUCUACUGGUUGAUAUAUUUGUUGUCAUGUUCACAAGCUGCGAAUGAAGUGUUUCUUUUAAAUAUGGUAACAUCGUGUACAUUCGACCUGUUGGUAAACUUGGUGAAUACAAACAAAGCUCCUAAACCAUCUGAUGUUACUGCACUUGUGAGAAUUUUGGCAAAUUUAUGUGGUGAAAAAUCAAAGCAAGCAAUCAGUGAAAUUAUGUUGUUGUUAGAUAUUCAAUCAGUUGACUUUUUGACAGCAAUAAAUGGCCUUCUUGCCUCUCCACAUGAGCAUUUGCAGAGGGAGACCCUGUGGUUCUUGGGAAACCUUGUGAAAUGUUGCCCUGAAGCUGGUGGUUUUAUUUUGUCAGUUGGAGACAGAUUAAAAGAAGCUUUAUCCAAAAUUUGAAGAUUGUGUGUUUAUUUUCUGUCAAAAUAUACAGAUAUUGUACAUUAUGUAAAUUAAUGAUUUCAUUAUUUAUAAUAAAUAAAUAUAUAUACAAGGGUGGUCAUAUCUUUCUUCUCAUCUUUCUAGUAAAUAUGUUUCGGAGGUCGAAAUAUCCUCUUUGGUUCAUUGCUUGUGCUGGAUUGAAUGUCUUCUAUACACUGGGUUCUAAGUAGAUUGAAAUAAAAUCUUCCCAUCAAAUUGGCUGCAGGAUGUUGUGUAGCUUUCAGACAUUGGUAAAAAGUUGUGUCACAGUCACAGUGGGACCUGUAGCAAAUGUAUUCGUUACAUUAAUACUAUAAAAUGCAUUUCAAAUAAUUUUAGCUCACUCCAUUAACACAUAUAGUGCAUUUUUAUUUCGAGAAGCACUUACUUU